AGACAAUACUAAGUGAGCGCUUCGCUAAGAAAAACUCAAUUUCCCAGCAUUCCAGUCAAAGUGGCGCUGGUUAUGACGAAACCGUGUCGAGGGUCGACGUACUCACGUUGAAUUUCAUUUGCUGCAAGACGACAUCCAGGUCAGGAGCAGAUGAGGAAGUAGCGGUCUGAAUGUAGAUGGACAGGAUAUGAGGCACUCUGGGCUCAUGAAAGUUUGUUUUUGACACCGAGAACAGAUUUGGAUUGAUAGAGCGGAAUAGUAACUAGCACAAAGAUGUUUCUUUUUCCCCAUGAUGGAAACCGGCUUCCCUAAAACACUGAUUGUAAAAUUGGCCCAAUCACUGGUCAAGUCUGGACUGUGUGGUGUCAGCAGUAAACACGGAUCGACCCGGCGCCGGUCAGUGCUUGUGUGCAGCAGCUGUGUCUGUGUUUACUGUCCCUGGACGGUCAUGAUGCUGGAGCAAAUACUGCUGCUUACUGGUGUAAAAGGAAUAGGCCUACAGACUGAUUAACUGUCAUCACAAGUACACGCUGCCAUUCAGAUUCAGCUUUGGGAAUUGACUGUGACCAUCCCAUAAGACCCAUCACCAUGACAACCUCAGCACCAAUCAGAUUCCGUGUCUUCUCUCUCAACUGCUGGGGGAUCCGAUACCUCAGUAAGAACUGCAAAGAGCGCUUUGUUCUGAUCGGAGACCUGCUGAUUCAGGAACAGCUUGAUAUAGCGUUACUACAGGAGGUCUGGUGUGAGAAAGACUUUCUGUUUUUAAAGAAGAAGCUUAACAGCGUCUAUCCGUACUCCCAUUAUUUUAAAAGUGGAUUUAUAGGGAGCGGACUGGCCGUGUUUUCCAGACAUCGAAUACAUGAUGCCUUUCUAUACAGAUACUCAUUAAAUGGAUAUCCAUACAUGGCUCAACAUGGCGACUGGUUUGGUGGUAAAGCCGUCGGGAAGGUCUUGCUCAACAUCAGUGGGCUGAGCGUUCAUGUAUUUGUCACUCAUUUGCAUGCAGAAUAUUGCAGAGAGAAAGACUCGUAUCUCCCGCACCGAGUGGUUCAAGCCUGGGAGCUGCAACAGUUCAUAAGGCACACUAGUGCUGGAGCGGACGUAGUGAUUCUGGGUGGAGAUCUGAACAUGCACCCGGACGAUCUCGGCACCAGACUGCUGAGAAACUACACAGGACUUCAGGACAGCUUCAGUGAGACCGCUCACUUUGAUGGAUGUGAGGAGGGACACACUCAUAUAUCUGAAAACCCAUACACAAACACAGAUGGGCUUGUUCCAUUUGGAGGAGGAGUCCGGAUAGACUACAUCCUGUUCAAGGGAUCAGGGGAAGUGGAUGUGAGCUGUGAGUCUUUGUCCACCACUAAAGGCCCUGUUCCUGGACAUCCCUUCCCUUACUCUGAUCACGAGGCUCUCACGGCCGAGUUCCUGUUUACACAGACUACAAAGGGAAAUGGGUGCUCAAAGAGACAGUCUGGAUGUGUUUCAGAUAAGCUUCCUGAGCUGGUCAACACAGUCAAUGAAGCUCGUACUGAAGUAAAGGUGGGUCUCCACUGCGCUGAGCGCAUGCGCUACACAGCAGCGCGAACAGGCAUUAUGGGUCUUGUCCUGUUAGUGCUUGAGCUAGCAAUCGCGGCCAUCCCAUUGUUUGCUCUGGGAACCGAACAGCCCUUUCCCAAAGCCUCUUUCUACCUGCUGGGGGCACUGUGCUUUGCCGUCCUCCUCUCCACACUCUUGCUGUACGUCUUUUACAGCAUAGAGGUGAAGGCACUGCAAGGCACUGAGGACCAGAUGAGACUGGCACUAAGUAGCUUUCAACAACAGCUUAAGGAGUCCCCCAAGGUUUUAUCCUCAGACCAUUUGCGAAAGCCACGAGACAGCAAGGAUUCCUUUCAUUUGUAGCCAGAUAGUUAAACCAAGUGUGACAUUUGAAUGGAAUUAGAGCUUUUCAUAAUUCUAACCACUGAUGGUGGUUGAGGAGAUUCCCCCUUUCUAUGUAAAGCACUUUGAGUGCCCAGAAAAGCGCUAUAUAAAUGUAAGGAAUGAAAUGAAAGGAAUACCUGGGAGCAAAGAAACCAGAAAAUUAGACAAUAAGUUUGUAAAAUCAUUAUUUGCGUGACAGAUCUACUUCACUUUACUUAUUUCAUAAUGGUUCUCAACCAGGGUCACAGAAUGACUUAACAUCAUAUAUA